GAUGUCGACUGACGGGAAUGGCCUCUUGUUUCGCAGUUCGCACUCGAUAUAAUCAAUAGAUUGGACGUGUUCCGUGCAAAUUAAUUCGAAAUAAGAUAAAAUAUUAAGUUAUGAUAACUGUUAAUUUGUAUCAUAAAGUGUGGUUACAUUUAUAUUAGAAAAUUUUUCCGUAUUUAAAAUAUUGCACAACUAUGAACUAACGUUAAACCAACGUGGAACGAAGUAUAGACUACAGAAUUUUAACCUUUGAUCAGUCAGCUGUCUUAUGUGACAAAUUGCCGUCGAAGUUUAUGAAACCCCAGAAAUUAUUCAAUUAAUUCUAAAUGAUGACUUCAACCUUUGAAAUUGACGAACCCAAAUACGAUAAGGAGCACAAAGUCCAAUAGGACGGAUUUCCAAGAAAAUUAUGCUGGUCUGAACGUGAAGGACAAUAAAAAAAUUACAAAGCAAUCGGAAAAGAUACCUUUUAAAUAAAACUAAGGUACUUAAUCUUAAGAUAAGAUGACGCGAAUGGUGUUUGGGCCUUGGGACUUUGUCAUUAUGACAUUGACUAUGAUUACGUCCAUCGGCAUUGGUAUAUAUUUUAGAUUUAGUGGAGGCAAGCAGAAAACAAACGAGGAAUACCUCAUGGCCAAUCGUAAUAUGUCAGUAUUUCCAGUCGCUGUAUCAUUGAUGGCAUCAUUUGUAUCAGCCAUUACCCUAUUAGGGAUAUCGUCUGAAAAUUACUAUAAUGGCAUGCAAUUUGUUGUUAUAAACAUAUCUUACUUUUUGGCUACUCCGAUAGCUUCUAGAUAUUAUUUGCCGGUGUUCUUCGGCUUGCAGAAGACAAGUACUUACGAAUAUUUGGAAUUAAGAUUUGGCCCGCGUAUACGCACGUUGGCGUCUUUAACGUACACACUUCAGAUGAUACUUUAUAAUGGAGUUGUGUUGUAUGCACCAGCGAUUGUUCUAGAAUCAGUGACGGGUCUGGAUAGAGUAAUCUCAAUACUAGUGGUGGGACUUGUAUGCACGUUUUAUUCGACUAUAGGAGGUAUGAAGGCUGUUCUCUUUACGGAUUUGCUGCAAUCGUUUCUGAUGUUUGCAUCUGUGGUCAGCGUGUUAGUAUUUGCAUCCAUACAAGUUGGAGGUUUGGGAAAUAUAUUUGCAGCAGCCAAGGAAGGCGGGCGUUUGGAUUUUUCACACGUAAGCUUGGAUCCGACAGAACGCCAUACAUGGUGGUCACUCAUCAUUGGUGGUUUAAUUAUGUAUCUAUCUUUAUAUGCUGUUAAUCAUACGCAAAUUCAACGUCUGUUAACGGUGAGCACAUUGGCCCGUUCCCAGCAAUGUAUGUGGUGGAAUUUGCCCGUAUUGUCUAUCCUAAGUAUUGUAACUUGUAUCAGUGGACUCGCGAUAUAUGCGGUGUACAAGGAUUGUGAUCCGUAUGCUGCUGGAUAUAUCACAGCUAUAGACCAGCUGAUGCCGUACUACGUGGUAGACUCGAUGCGCUCAGUGCCAGGUUUGGCAGGACUUUUUGUGGCGGGAAUCUUCAGCGCUUCUCUUUCCACGAUUUCGGCCUCUUGCAACGCGUUAGCUGCUGUUACUCUCACAGACUACGUCAGCAGAUGGUGCAAAAUUAAUGACAUGUACAUACCUUGGUUGACUAAAAUCGCGGCGUGCGGAUAUGGCUUGUUGUUUCUGGCUCUAGCCUUUUUGGCUGGGUAUUUGGGAGGCGUUCUCCAAGCUGCGUUUACGAUUUUCAGUGCUGUUGGUGGGCCAUUGUUCGGCGUUUUUACUCUUGGAAUGUUCACUACGUAUGCUACGGAGAUGGGUGUAACGCUAUCUCUAAUUAGUGGUAUGUCUCUCACUCUAUUGAUGAAUUUUGGCCGGCCUCGCCCUGCGCUCGUAAAAUUACCCGUGAAUGUGGGUAAUUGUCCGGGAAAUGUGACACUCACACCAACACCUAUUGUUGACCCUAGUGAAUACUUCUACUUGUACAGGAUCUCAUAUAUGUGGUCAAGUCCGAUUGGCUUCGUAUGGGUUCUCGUAGUGGGUUCUAUAAUAUCGCUGGCCUGGCGUCAACCCCAACCGUGGCAUCAAGCAGGAAAGCGCCAUCCUGAUCCAAAGCUCUUCACUCCACCACUAGCUAAGUGGUUAAAGCGUAAAUACCAAGAAGACCAGAGCGUUGAGGUACACCUCAUCAACGCCGAAUAUAAAUCGUAAUUUUUUUUAGGAUUUUUAAAACGAUGACUUUUAAAAUAGAUUUUGUAGAAUUUUAUGAUCUGAUCGUGUAUUGUGUUGCUAAGUAACACAAAAUGGCUGUGAAGGGCAGUAUUGUAACAAUGAUAAGAAAAAGUACUUAAUUAAAUGCAAUUACAUCUACAGUGAUUCUAACCUACACCUUUGUCCGACAUUCCUUUAUCUAGAAUAUCUAUUUAUUUGUUUUGAAUUUCCUGUCCAGUAUCCCAGCUGGCUUUUUAAAUCUGCCUUGGUCACAAGUUAGGCGAGUUUUUUCCAGGGUACUAAGUGAGGGUACCAAAUUAACACUUAAUUCAAGCACUUAUGUUAUUGCUAAAAUAUUCUAAAUUUAAAUUUGGAUUAUAAAAAUUAAAUAAACGAAACAAAUGAAAUUUUUGCUAUUCACAUGAAAUAUGCAAUUUAUUGUAUUCAGUAUUCAUUUGUCAUAGAUAUUAAGUAUUUAUGUAGUUAAGACAUGAACAGUUUAUAU